CUGAAACAGAUCUACUCGGCUUCAGUAGGCCUGUAGGAAACAGCAUAGCGGUGAUGGACCUCAGAGGCACUCAUCACUCAGUGAAGCUCUGGCAGCUCAGUGGGCCGGACUAUGAGUCGCAGCCGGGCCCCAAACUGGCAAGAGAGACCCGCUUCAGCAGCUGGACCCCACUGGGCAACAAGCAGAGCAACCUGCAGCUGUUUGAGGAGCGUGUGAAGGUGCUGUUGCACUGGUUUGAUCUGUGGAUGGACUCCCAGAGGAAGCGCCUCCUGCAGGCUCUGCUGGGUCGCUGCACCAAGGCACAGCUUAAACACUGCAGAAACCUGCUCAAUGACAUGGUUCCUGUAACCCGGCUGGAUUUCACGGCUGUGCUGCCUCGGUGUCUAUCUCUCUACAUCAUGUCCAAGGAGUUUGGAGCCUGGAGGCACCACUACGUCUCGUGCGUCUCCACCUUGGACCGGCUAUCUCUUCAGCAAGCAGCUGAGAUAUAUGGGACCCUCUACCAGCCAUGCCUGGGGGUGAAGGAGGAGGAAGGGGAGAGGAGCAGGGAGAGGAGGAUUAAGCAGAAACUCAAACAGGCCCUUAAGGAGGAAAAGAGACUGGCCUUGAUUAGCAGGAGUCCAUGGGGUUCUAACCCAAAGUCUGACAAAUCCACAGGUGAAAGGUCACCGACCGUCCUGUCCAGCUCAGAGUUGAUGGUUAGGUCUUGGUCUUCUCUCUCCUCUCCAAUGAAGACAGUUGAGUCUCCAACUGCCAGUCUCAGUCCACACAGAGGACAACACCCGGAUGAAGUUCACAGACAUUUUGCUCAGCCAAAAGGUUCCUCAGUUCUGGCUUCUACUGAAACAGGGUUAGGAUUGUCAUCUACACCAAUCUUGUCCAAGGCUAAGACGGUGCCGGCUUCUCUCCCCCACACAGACUCUGCUGCUGUCUUGCUACUCAUCUCCAACAAAAUUCCUGCUUAUGAGGUGGUGCUCAGUGGUGUGAAGGCCAGAGUGGCCGUGGUUCUGUAUGACCAUAGAUGGACUCUCUCGGCUCUCUUCAACCAGAUGGAGAGAGCUGCUUCAGGGCAGCAAGUCCAAAGGCUCGGCCUUCUGGUUUCAGGAGGAACAGAGGAGGUUCAUCUGGUUAAUGGUGAGACUUCAUUAAAAUUCAAUUGAUCAUAUUUACUGUAGUUGUGUCCAAGUCCAAGAACUAAACAUUUUCUCUUGCAUUGGUGAAUACCCACACUGUAAAAAAAAAACGGCCUCAAUUUACGGUAAAAAACCGGCAGCUGUGGUUGCCAGAAUUUUACCGUCUUUAUAUGGUAAAAUUCUGGCAACCAAAACUACCAGUUUUUUACCGUAUUUUGGAAAUGCAGUAUUUUACCGUAUUUUUAAAAUACGGUAAAAUUCUGGCAACCAAAACUGCCAGUUUUUUACCG